AUGAUCGAUCCCAUCCUCAUUCGAACUCCUCCUAUCCUACACCCUGACAUCCUCGUGCGCAUUUUAUACUUCUGCCCACGCGCAACUCAGGCUGUUGCAGCUCGCCUAUCAAAGGAUCUGCAUGAGCUCGCCAUCACAGCUCUCUACCGUCACUUAUCGCUCAACUUUGACUCUCCUCACCCCCUCUCCCGCGGACACAGCUACCAGACCGCCUAUACCCCUACCCCCAACCCCAACCCCAACAUUUCCCUCAUUCGUUCUCUCCAUGUAUUCUCGACCAAUACCAGGGGCCGGUCUGCCCUAUCUUCCAUCCCGGCCUCCUCCCUCGCGAUCCCCAAUCUCCGCUCCCUCCAUAUCCAGCUCGACGCAGACACCAACCGCUGGCCCCAGAGUGGUACGCUGGCUCGGUCACUUCUCGAGCCCGGGCCACCCGAACUCAUUCUUUCCGCCGACGAGGGGUGCGACGUCCUCCGCUGGCUGAUACUUAGUAGGUGUAUGGAGCGUAUACCGAGCGGCGUCAGGACCUUGGUGAUACAGACGAGCUACGGAAGAGCGGGGGUCAGGGGAGGAGGAAAUGGUCGCUCGUGGCCACUGAGCGCGGAUGCGUGGUUCAAGAGCGUGGUCAAGGAAACGGCGAGCUGGGGAGUCAGUCCUUUCACCGGCGAUAUCUCUCUCCGGGUUCAAGGUCACUGCGGGGUAGAAGGUGAGGCGAGAAGGAGCGAUGGGGAAGGUAAUGGCGGACAGGACGAACAGUGGUCAGAAGUACUCUUGACACUGGCUCGGAACAUCGCGAUAUUACGGCUGCUUGCCAUGCGCAGGACGGGAAUGGUGAGGGUAAUGCUACCAGAGGUGCCUGCGCCUAUUAUGCGGAUAUCGGAAGUGAAGGAGCCAGGAGGGGCAGUGAAGGGAGAGGAAAGGAAGCUGGGGCUCAUUGACAUGAUCCAGCUGGCGAUGAUGGAAAUGGCGGAGUGGCGGGGCCUAAGGGAAGACGUUGUCGAUCAGGCCAUGGCAGGGAUCGAGGUUCACGGCUAG